CCAAUGGGAAAUAUAAUUAAUCAAAAUAAAAAACCAUCUCGGCGGUCACACUACUCGACGGAAAGAUAAUUUGGGCGGUCACUCUAAAAAAUCCACGGGCCGAAAACGCUGCUGACGAAUUCUCACCUCUCGCCGCAGCUGCAAUCCAACAACAAAAAGAGCUACAACCAUGUUCUCGUCCUUUUUUGAGACUGCCAAGAACUCUCCGUUCCGCAGCCCCUUGGGCCGCGUCCAGUGCGAGGGUGCGCCCGCUGUGACCUGUUCCCAGGAUCUUGAACUGGAGCCGGUGCAUGGCCGUCAGAUCAGUGCAGCUGCCGCCACCGUCGAUUCGUGCGAGUUCGGAAGCAACAAAUACUUUGCCCUGUGCGGCAUCGGUGGUAUUCUCAGCUGCGGAACCACUCACACCUUUGUGGUACCCUUGGAUUUGGUCAAAUGUCGCCUGCAGGUCGAUCAGGCCAAAUACAAAAAUCUGUUCCAUGGCUUUAAGGUCACCGUUGCCGAGGAGGGUGCCCGCGGCCUUGCCAAGGGCUGGUUCCCCACUCUGCUGGGCUACUCUGCACAGGGUCUGUGCAAGUUUGGCUUGUACGAGCUGUUCAAAGUAAAGUAUGCCAAUCUACUGGGUGAGGAGAAUUCCUAUCUGUACCGCACCUCGCUGUAUCUGGCCGCCUCUGCAUCAGCGGAGUUCUUCGCCGAUAUUGCCCUGUCUCCGUUCGAGGCUGCCAAGGUUAAGAUUCAGACUGUGCCCGGGUUUGCCAGCACCUUCCGCGAGGCUGUGCCCAAGAUGCUGAAGGAUGAGGGCAUCAAUGCCUUCUACAAGGGUCUAGUGCCAUUGUGGAUGCGUCAAAUCCCAUACACCAUGAUGAAGUUCGCUUGCUUUGAGCGUACCGUUGAGCUGCUUUACAAGUAUGUGGUUCCCAAGCCCCGCGUUGAGUGCUCCAAGGGCGAGCAGCUGGUUGUCACCUUUGCCGCUGGCUACAUUGCAGGUGUGUUCUGUGCCAUCGUAUCGCAUCCCGCUGAUGUGGUCGUGUCCAAGCUGAACCAGACCAAGGGUGCCAGCGCUGUGAGCGUUGCCAAGUCCCUCGGCUUCAGUGGAAUGUGGAACGGCCUGACGCCUCGUAUCAUUAUGAUCGGUACCCUAACCGCUCUGCAAUGGUUCAUCUAUGAUGGAGUCAAGGUUGCUCUGGGCAUUCCCCGCCCACCACCACCAGAGAUGCCCGCUAGCCUGAAGGCCAAGCUGGAGAAGCAAUAAGUUGAAACGCCAGAGUUGAUGCGUUGGCGCGGAUUCGGGCUGAACCAGGAGCAGCAGCAUACAUUUACUGUCUUUCGAUUGUGAAACGAAGUUAUUCUUUAAGAUUACAUAUUUAGUUUCUAUAGAGCUCAAUGUUGUGUGUGUGCGAUGGACACAUGAACAUUCCAGUUACACUUCAUGCAUUUCUCUAUCUCAGCCAUUUAUCUACUCUACAAAACGAAAC